AUGAAUAUAACAAAAUACCUUCUGAUCAUCCUCCCUCUUAUCCUUUCAAAAUAUCCCUCGCGGAAUGGACUAAUCAGCCAUGGCAACCUUUUGUUAAGAAGUAAUAUAAGGGGGGCACGGUUAAAAAGAAUUAUUAAGCAGGAAUAUGACACCAAAGGAAAAAGUGAAAAGGAGGAAGAAGAGGACGAAAGAGAAUAUGAAGAAUAUUUAGAAAAUAAAGGUUCAGACGAAUUUAAUAAAGUGAAAUACAGAUAUAUGGACUAUGUAAAUUUCAGCAUUUAUAAAAGUUCCAAAAAAUACAAGCACUUGCUAAACGAGUCCUUAGUCUUCCUAGGUUCUCAAUACAGCACAGAUGAAAAAUUAACCUUUCAUGUAAAACUAAUUGAUAUUUUGUCCCUAUUAUUUGUUCACUACAAAGAUAAUUUGAGUACCUUCGACCAUGUCAUAAGUAGCCUUCAAGACAGAAACAAGUUAAUGAAUUCUAUUGAAAAUGAAUUUUUCAGAGAAUUUAUCGACGAAAGGGACAACUACAUUUUCGAGGUGAAAAAUAUGUACUACAAGGUUGAGCAGAAGAAUGAAGAAAAGGAAAGAAUUUUAAGAAAAAAAAGAACAAUCUAUGAAAUAUUUUUAAAAAAUUGGAAAAAUGACGGAUACCGUUUUUACAGUGUCAAUAAUAAAAAAAAGGCUUACAUACCUAAAAAAAUAGAUCAUAAUAGAAAAAACAAAAAUGAGACCCAGUAUAGUUUGAAGUGCCGUAAUUUGGUUUCCAGUCCACAAGACUCACAGAAGGGGAAGCAGCCCAAUAGGACAGACUCUGAUAAGGGCUCGUCCACCCCUAGUGAGGUGACCAACACGAAAAAAGAGCAAAAACAGGGCGGUGAUACCAAUGAGUUGCUCCCUAUGGAGGACAACGUUGAGGAAGAAACGUACGAAGAGGUAGAAGAAGAAAAAAAGGAUGACACUAAUAAAACGGAAGAAACGGGUUCUGCGGAACAGACAGAAGGACUAGAGGAUAACCCCAACGGUGAUACAGAAGAACUGUAUGACCACGACGUGUACGAGGAUGAAGCAAAUAGGAAGGUCCUGGCAGAACGUUAUAACAAUCAAAUAUGCCGCGCUUCAGAGAACAACCAAGGGGAUUCAACCCCAAUGAGCACAUACACAAAUGGAAUACCAGGAGUUACGUACAAAAUGAGAAAUGAUUUUUUCCUCAAUGGAAGUUCAUUCAAUGUCAUAACCCUAAUCAACGCGAUAACGUCGAAUAAGGAUAACGCUACGGUGACGGAAUUGUACGAAGCUUUGAAAAAAUUAGGAAUAACAACAUUUGACCAUCUGGUUAGAUACACUAACAUUAUAGGAAUAUUUUUUUCAUACGACAUUUUUGAUGAAUUAUAUUUACAAAUAAAAUUAGUGAAAGAAUAUUUCGGGCUUAUCCAGAAGAAGAAAACCGACUUUGACAUAGUGGAAAAGGUAAAAAAGAAGAAACCGAAGAAACGAAAGGCCUAUCGAGAGUACAAAAUGAGCGACGAUGAAAUGUUCGUACCUCCAAAUUGUUUGAAUGCAUAUUGUAUGUUGAAAUCUGUGUGGAUGAGAAACAGAAAUGUAACAAUGAAGAUUGAAAGGACCAGUAGCAAUAGCAUGAAUUUUAUGAUGUUGGGAGAUAUUGGACAGGGCUUUGAAGAAGAAAAAGAUAUCGAUAAACAGAAUAUGCUAAACCUUAUCGGAUUUAAUGAGUUAAAAAGUACCGUACAAACGAUGAAAGAUUGGCAUUUUGAGAACAAUGCUGAUUUUAUAAUCAAUUUAGGAGACAAUGUUCCAAAGGAUGGAACAAUGAAUUAUAUGGAGAAUUUCCAGUGGCACAAUUUAAUGAAGGAACUGUUCGUUUUCAAGAAAAGGAGUGAACAAGAAAUUAACACCAUGAUGGGAAAUAACAAACUCACCCAACAAAGCAUAAAAGAUUUUUAUAGUGAAAAAAUGAAAGAAAUGCAGGACAAUUAUAAUAGCACACAGGUAGAUGAGCAGGGAAUGAAGGAAAAAAAGAAAAAAAAAGGAAAAAAAAAGACAAAGAGUGGUGGAAAUCAGGAAAAUGAAGUUAAAAAUUCUUCCAAACAGGAAGACUUCAGCCUUUAUGACAAUGACCGUAAGAAGUUGUACCAAUUUGAUGAAGAAGAAGAGUCGGAUGAAAAUGUUGAAGCUAUUCCUUUUUACUCUAUUUUAGGAGAAAAAGAUUACUUCUUCUUUCCGAGCGAACAAAUUCAGGAACACUACUCGCAUAGAAUCCCAGGUUAUUUUAUGCCAAACAAUUACUACUGCGUUAACUAUGAUUUUACUUAUAACAAUGUAGGGUAUAAAGAUAUAAUUAACCAGGAAAAGUUUAGGGCAUCCUUUAUUUUCAUCGACACGUGGUCGCUAAUGGUGGGAUUUCCGAUCAUAAGAAAUUACCGCUCCUUUCGUGAACAAUUCAAUUGGCUCAGUAAAACGUUAUACGAGAGUGCACAGAAUAGUGACUGGAUUUUCGUCAUAGGACAUCAUCCUCUAAUUUCAAGUGGAAGACGAUCUGAUAACUACUCCUAUGAGGAACAUUCCUUCCAUGAUAUUUUGAGAGAUUUCCUUUUUAAUUACAAUGUAGAUGGUUAUUUCAGUGCACAUGACCAUUUAAUGGAGUACAUUAAAUUCGGAAGCAUAGACCUGUUCAUUAAUGGCUCCUCCUCUAGGGUUAUGUUUGAUAACUCCAAUUUGGGCAGAGGUUAUUUUGGUAAAGUCGUAGGAAAAUUAUACCCAGUCACUUGCUAUAUUUUGAAAACCAUCCAUGCUGGGCUGAAACCAAAAGGUUGUGGCUUUAGUAGGUAUUCCAAAUGGUCAAACAAGGCAGAUAUAGGGUUCAGCACACACAAAUUAACCAAGGAUGAAUUCAUUACGGAAUUUAUCAAUGGUAGAACGGGAAAGCCACUUAGCCAUAAAAUUGUCCUGAAAAACAAAAAACAUGAGAGAAAAAAAUUCUACAACUUGGAUGGAUACGCAGAUGAUAAGGUCGACGAAUUGGAAAAAAAAAUAGAACAAUUUAGAAUGAACAAUCCAGAUUUGAUAAAAUAUAAAAUUGAAGAAUUUAACGAAAAUGUCAGAAAACUUAAUAUUAUCAUGAAGACGUUAAAAACAAAGGAGGAAAUUGAAAAUUUUAAGGUAUUACUCUUUCUGAAUAACCUAAUUUUUGACGUGUCCAAACACCUUUCCGGGAUGAGCUCACAAAAAUUAAGAAGCAUGCAAGCGCUUGCGCAAAAGUACUCCAUUUUUUUUAACAAAAAUCUUGUCAACCACAUUGCCGUAGCGUUGGAAAAAGCGGUGCAGUCUGAAAAUAACGAGACGGACAAUGAAGAUGAAGAAUUCGAUGCAGAAGAAGCUGAAAGAAGGCUCAAAGACAAUGAGAAGAAACAAAAGGAGAACAAAAAAGCACUGGAAAUUAUAGAAACCCUGGGUUAUGAGCCUGAACAGUUUUUAGAAAAGUACGACAGCAUGACGACAGAAGAGAAGGAUCUCUUGAAGGAAAAAGUUGGAAAGGACGUUACGCUAGAGGAUUAUGUUAAUAGAAUUAGGAUAUACGUGGAGAAGAAAAACUUAAGUGACAGCGAUUUGGAAGCUAUGCAGGAAAAGGAAGACGCGGAGGAAAGUGGCCAUGCCGAGGAGGCAAAUGAGCAGCAGGGGGAAAGUGAAGAGGAGAGUGGCCAGAUGAGCAGCGAGGAUAGUGCUGAGGACGUCGACGAGGACGUCGGCGAGGACGUCGGCGAAGUCGCGCUCGUGAAGGACGUGCACAAAACGCACCAGAAAUUCGUUUUUAUGGAAAAGGCCCUAUCCGAACAGAACUACAUUUUGCUGGUUCUGGGCGCUUUGAAAAACCAGGACAAGGAUAAAUAUGCCCUGAAUAUGAGUUCCAAAAAAGAAGAUAUAAAAACCAUUGCUUCAUCCAAUUUCCUCUACAAAAUAGAGAACCACAAAACGUUCUUCCAGUUAUGUAUCGAGUUAGCUCCUGACAUUAAGAGGAUCAUCAGUAACCUUGGAGGAGUAGGAGUGAGGCUGCCCUUUUUCAAUUUAAUGAAUAAGCUCUACGAUGAAAUAAUAAAGUUAAAAGACGGACUUGACCGAAUUGCAAAGUGA